AUGGAAAAGAUGUGCACUGACAAGCAAUGCACAGCGCUCCGGGCCUUUCAUCAAGGCACUCUUCAUGGACAAGAAGGGUCAUGUCCACUUUGCGGAGAAGACAUCACCUUCAUCCAUUUGCUGUGGCAGUGCAGUUUCUGGAAAGGAAGAGUCAAGGAUCUGCCAGACCAAUGGCACGAAAGACUUCAAGCGGGAACCGAACCGGAGCUUUGGAAUCGCGGUAUGACACAGAGCCUCUUCUACAUCCCGGAUGGCGGCAUGGCCACUUUCAAUGGAGAAGGUCUUUGGUCCAAUCUGGAGACCCUGCCGGUGGGAGCCGGUCAAGCUUUCUCUGUGGCCAUUGCUCCAACUUGUCGUGACCCACGACAUCGAAGGUUUGCCUUUGCCAUUUGCAUCCACAACGUCCACUCCAAGGAACGGAUUGCCUCGAUCACUGGCAUUUGUCCUGGGCAUGCAUCCAGACAGAGGGCUUUCUUCUACGCCCUCAAGCACCUGUCUUUGCACAUCAAUGACAAGGUGCAAGUCCCGGUUUUCCAGCACACCACAUGGAAACUCUGGACUUGGAUGGCAGCUUUCGAGCACUUCCCGGACCUUUGUCAAGGCUUGGAGCAGGAAGACUAUGAUCAGGUCCGUCUCUUACUCCUGAGCGGCUCUGAUUUGAACAGCAGCCACAACCGGAAGCUCUUCCAAAAGGACGCACAAGCCAAAGCCACUCAGGCUGCCAUUUUGGCUCGCCCAGAAGAGAUCUUGGACCUCCAACGACAGGAAAUCCAGGAAGGCCUCAAUGCACCCUGCACUCAAGCCAUUUUGGCCAAAGAGCACAAAAAGACUAGGUUUGAAGUCAUCCAUGACCUCUUGGACAUGCAGCAAGCUCCGGUUGAAGGACAGCACCACUUCAAGCUUGACAAAGCUUACUUGAGGUGCCAAGUUUGCCGAUGCUACAUUUUGGCAAGAGCGGGGGAGGAACAAUUCCACCGUUUCCUCGGCUCCUACUGCCAUCAUGGGCCACUGGAUGCAGCUGAAUGGAGGGGGCAUCCCACGCAUCAGAUGAUGCGCACCGGCAACAUGGCUGAAUGCAAGCUGUGCAAAGCCAAGACGAAGAUGACGGGCAACAACUGGGACCUCACCCCGAAGUUAC